AUGGAGAGGCAGUCGAGGUGGUCGGAGCAGCGCUCCGAGCGCAGCGUGCAGCAGCACUCCGAGCGGCGCGAGCAAAUCGUGCAGCAACAGGAGCGGGUGCAGCGGACGCAGCAUUACUCACAGAUGCUCACACAGCAAGUUGGGAGUGUCGGUGGCGACCGCAUACCCAUCACAGCUGGAAGGCCUGGGGAUCCUUCCCCGCCUAUAUUCGAACAAAUUUUCAAGAAUGCUAGGUUUGCACAAGGCGGUAAUGCCAAAUUCGAGGGAAAACUUAGAGGUAACCCAACGCCAGUCGUGUCAUGGACCAGAAAGAAAGCACCUUUAGUAGAAUGCAAUAAGUAUAGUAUGAGUUAUAAUGAACAAACAGGUGAUGUAUCACUAUUGAUAAAACAAAUAGGCCCAGGAGAUGAGGGUGAAUAUACGUGUACAGCUCGCAAUCAGUAUGGAGAAGCCAUCUGUUCUGUAUACAUUCAACCAGAGGGUGUACCCGUACCUGCACAGCAGGCUUCACAACAACAGAGCUACAGACAUGUCAGUGAGAGUGUGGAACAUAAAUCAUAUGGAACACACGAAUACAUGACUGAGCAAUCGCGUCAAUCGCAAAAGUAUGCCUAUACUAAUGGCACAGAUCACUCAGCUUCUGAGGACUUCAAAGUAGACACUUUCGAAUAUAGACUGUUAAGAGAAGUCUCAUUCAGAGAAACAAUUACUAAAAGGUACGUAAGCGAAAGUGACAUUCAUGUCAAUACAGAGGUUGAUAAGUCCCUGGGACCUGUAUCACCACCUAAAAUUACUCAAAAACCAAGGAACUCAAAACUCCAAGAAGGAACUGAUGCACAAUUCCAAGUACAACUUUCCGGUAAUCCUAGACCUCGUGUUACGUGGUUCAAGAAUGGACAGAGGAUUGUGAACUCGGCAAAGAACAACAUCAUAAACACAAAUAACCAAACUAUACUUAGGAUAAGAAAUGUACAAAAGUCUGAUUCUGGUCAUUACACUUUACUGGCUGAAAACCCUAACGGAUGUGUUGUUUCAUCGGCGUAUCUCGCUGUUGAGUCACCCCAAGAAACAUAUGUCCAAGAUCAAAAAUCUCAGUAUGCAACGGAUAGCCAGCAAAUAGAGACUGAAAGAGUAGAAAUAAGUGAAAAAGCUCUCGCCCCGCAAUUUGUAAAAGUCUGCCAAGAUCGCGACGUUACAGAAGGCAAAAUGACGCGAUUCGAUUGCCGCGUCACAGGCAGACCUUACCCAGAAGUCACGUGGUUCAUUAAUGAUAGACAAAUUCGAGAUGAUUACAAUCACAAAAUUCUUGUAAACGAAUCUGGUAAUCACGCUCUAAUGAUUACCAAUGUCGAACUUAGUGAUAGUGGUGUAGUUACAUGUAUCGCUAGAAACAAGAGUGGCGAAACGUCGUUCCAGUGUAGAUUGAAUGUUAUAGAAAAGGAGCAAGUAGUUGCUCCUAAAUUUGUUGAACGUUUCAGUACUUUGAGUGUUCGUGAGGGUGAACCAGUAAUUUUGAAUGCACGUGCCGUCGGCACGCCUACACCACGAAUCACAUGGCAGAAGGACGGUGUUCCGAUUAUACCCAAUCCUGAAUUACGAAUUAAUACCGAAGGUGGGGCCUCGACAUUGGACAUUCCGCGAGCCAAGGCGUCGGAUGCGGCGUGGUAUCAGUGCACGGCUCAGAAUGUCGCAGGUUCCACCGCGACUCGGGCAAGGCUCUACGUUGAAGUACCCAAGGAGCCUCCGCCUGAACAGAAACGUCUGCACUUACCACGGCCUACAAAAAUAAUUGAACCAGAGCCUGCACCUGGACCAGAAAUCAUAUACCUAAGGCAUGUGGAAAGAGCACGACCAUAUGUUCCUCCUGGCGAGGAAGAUCGAAUUUAUCCACCACCACAGUUUAUUGUUCCUCUUAGAAGUGUUACACAAACUGAGGGUGGAAAAAUACACUUCGAGACGAGGAUAGAGCCAGUGGGUGACCCCACAAUGAAGAUAGAAUGGCUAAAGAAUGGUCAAAGCAUAGAAGCAAGUUCGAGAUUUACAUCAAUAUUUAGAUUUGGUUACAUAUCUCUAGACAUGCUCAGUCUAAACAUUCAGGACAGCGGUGAAUAUACGUGUAGAGCAGUAAGUUCCACUGGUAUUGCAGAAACGAAAGCAAUGCUUCAAGUGACACCCAGAGCCACGAUCGAACGUACUAGCCAACAUCCUGAAAGUUUACAAUACAUACAACAGCUGGAGGAUUACUCCAAGUACCAACAUCAGGAGUCCAUUGAAGAACAGAUUUCACAGAGGCCGCAAUUCAUAAGACCGCUUCAAGAUCUUGGAGAACUGCAAGAAGGAAGGAAUGCUCAUUUUGAAGCACAACUUACGCCCGUCAGCGAUCCAACUAUGAGAGUGGAGUGGUACAAAGAUGGUAAAUCGAUCACAGCCAGCUCGCGAAUCACAGCAAUCUUCAACUUCGGAUACGUCUCCCUUAACAUCAUGCACCUACGGGUUGAAGAUGCAGGUUCGUACACAGUCAGAGCUGUGAACAAACUUGGUGAAGCCAUUAGUACUGCGACAAUAAGAGUUGCGGCACGAAGCACUGUUACAGAAGACCUCGGCAUACCCGAGCAAAGAAGAUACAUUGAGAAGACUGAGCAGCUGGAGGCUUAUCAGCAGCAACAGAAUCAGAGGUAUUACCAAGAAGUACCUGAAAGUACACAACGACCUGAAUUUAAGACUCCCAUAAAGGACCAGAUGAAUAUUAAGGAGGGUGGAUUCGCCCACUUCGAAGCUCGUCUUGAGCCAGUAGGAGAUUCUACGUUAAGAGUCGAAUGGUUGAAGGAUGGACGCCCCGUUGAGGCUAGUUCAAGAAUAACGACCUUCUUCAAUUUUGGCUACGUGGCACUGACAAUUAAAUCAGUUACAAUCCACGAUGCUGGUAACUACACAUGCAGAGCUUAUAACGCUUUAGGACAAGCAACAACCAACGCCAAUCUAACCAUAAUUACGAAGAAAGAUAUUAUCGCCGAGUCACAGCAUCCUGGUGGCUUGGAAAAGAUACAAUAUUUAGAAGACUCUAGCAGAUAUUCCAAGCGAUCUGAAGAAGAAGUUAGGAUAACACAAAAGCCUAGAUUCUUGGGUCCACUUAAGGGAACUAAUAAAAUAGUUGAAGGACAAAGUGCUCACUUUGAAGCAAGAGUUGAGCCUCAAAGCGAUUUGACCAUGACAGUAGAAUGGUACUUCAAUGGCAAACUAAUUAAGUCAGCAAAUCGUAUUCAAGCUUAUCACGAUUUUGGAUAUGUAGCCUUGGAUAUAACAAAUGUUCGCGCUGAAGAUGCCGGUGUAUACAGUGUCAUUGCUAGAAACGCAUCGGGAGAGGCGCAACUGAGUGCUUCGAUGGUUGUUGAAACUCGAUCUGCCAUCGACACCUCUAGUAUUCAUCACGGCUUAUACGAGAAGACACGUCAAAUGGAAGAAUCUAAGUUCGUAGAACCAAUGUACCACAUUGAAGAAAUUUCAAAAUCAAAACCAGUGUUUGUACAACCGUUGUCAGAUCCUAAACCGAUAUCGGAAGGGAAAAAUAUUCACCUCGAAUGUCGCCUGGAGCCUAUGGGUGACCCCACCAUGCGAGUUGAAUGGUACCACAAUGGUAGGGCAGUCACUGUAGGAUCCCGUUUCAGAACCUAUUACGACUUUGGUUUCGUAGCAUUGGACAUAGUUCACGCUACGUCAGCUGAUUCAGGAGAAUACACAGUAAGAGCCGUCAACCACUUGGGCUCUGCACACACGUCUGCUAUGGUACGUGUUAUUGAGAGAUCUGAUGUUGUUACCGAUACACAACACGAGCAAGCCGUUGAGCAAAUCCAAAUGCUAGAGGAUGCAGCACGUCGCACCAGACAAGUACAAGAAGAUAUAACAGUCAUGCAAGCGCCUCAAUUCUCAAGAGCUUUGCAUAAUAUCGAGACUAUAGAAGGCACUAAUGUUCAUUUAGAAUGUAGAUUGCAACCCGUUGGAGAUCCAACAAUGAAAGUGGAAUGGUUCUGUAACGGCAGACCGAUAAAGACAGGCCACAGAUUUAGACCUGCCUACGAAUUCGAUUAUGUUGCACUCGAUCUGCUUAGUGUCUAUCCAGAAGAUUCGGGAGUUUACACAUGCCAAGCGACAAACCAGUUGGGUGAGGCAGUGACAUCGUGUGCCUUACGAGUAAUGGCUAAGAAGGACUUAAUAUUUGAAUCGCAACACCCAUCGGGCUUAGAAAAAAUUCAAUACUUAGAAGAUGCAUCUCGGUACAAGAAGUCUGAGGUGAUUGAUGAGUCAAUACACAUCAAACCCAGGUUUGUUACUAAGCCCAAAUCUGUUGACAAUGUAAAGGAGAGGCAGCACGUCCACUUCGAAUGUAAACUUGAGCCUGUAACGGAUUCAAACUUAAAAGUUGAAUGGUUUAAGAAUGGCCAACCGGUAACUAUUGGCCAUAGAUUCAGGCCGAUUCACGACUUUGGUUACGUAGCCCUCGACAUUAUUGAUUGUAUUGCAGAGGACUCUGGAAUAUACACGUGUCGCGCAGUAAACCUUCUAGGAACUGACGAGGUCAGCUGCAGAUUGUCUUGUCGCGAAACAGCUGAUAUUAUUCGCGCAACUCAGAACGAAGCCGGCUUGGAACAAAUUCAAGUCUUAGAAGACAGAUCUAGAUAUCAGAGGAGUGAGUUCGUCGAUGAAAUAACGACCCAGGCCCCAAUAUUUACCACAUCUUUAAAGAACGUAGAAAUUAAGGAAGGGCAAAGAGCUCAUUUCGAGUGUAGGUUAAUCCCUGUGUCUGACGCUACUAUGAAGGUGGAGUGGUAUCACAACAACAAACCACUUAAGAGCGGAUCCAGAUUCACGGAAACAAACAAUUUCGGUUUUGUCGCAUUAGACAUCAUGUCUUGUCUACCGGAAGACUCAGGAGUUUAUACCUGCAGAGCCAUAAAUGCCCUCGGAGAAGCCGUUACUUCAGCAACAGCAGUCGUACAUUCCAAAAAGUCUAUCUACUUGGAGUCCCAGCACCAGGAAGCCUUGCCAAGGUUACACCAACUUGAAGACACAUCAAGACAUCACAGGCCAAGUGCACCAGAAGAUGCCGUAACGCAAACACCAGUGUUUACUAUGCCAAUGCGUGACAUAAGAGUAGCAGAGAACCAAGCAGCUCACUUUGAAGCUAGAUUAAUACCUGUUGGUGAUCCGAGGCUUAAGGUUGAGUGGCUUCGUAACGGCGUAGCUAUCGCAGCUUCAAACCGUAUCACGACAAUGCACGACUUUGGCUAUGUUGCCUUAAACAUGAAAUAUGUGAACCCAGAAGACUCAGGGACGUAUACCUGCCGUGCUGUUAAUGAAUUAGGAGAGGCUGUAACAUCAUCGACAUUAUUUGUUCAAUCUAAAGCCUCAUUACUUCUGGACUCACAAAAUCAAGCAGCUCUUCAAAAGAUUCGUCAGCUCGAGGACACUUCCAGGUUCCAGCGCAAGGAAGACGUUGACAUAGCAAUCAACCAAGCUCCACGUUUUGUCACUCAAUUGAAUGGCCCCAGUAAACUGGUAGAAGGGCAAAGCGCUCAUUACGAAUGCCGAAUUGAACCCUACCCGGACCCGACAAUGCGUGUAGAAUGGUAUUUCAAUGGGAAAGUUCUACAAAGCGGUCAUCGUUAUCGUACUGCGUUUGACUUUGGAUUUGCAGCACUGGAUAUUUUAACAGUCUAUGGCGAAGACUCCGGUGAAUAUACAUGCAAAGUGAUCAAUAACUUAGGACAGGCAACAUCAUCUAUUAAGCUAAAUGUUCAAUCUAAGGAAUCCAUUAUUAGAGACACACAGCACGAAAGCGCUUUAGAAAAGAUUCAAUAUCUUGAGGAUGACAGUAGAUACAAGAAAACUGUCCACGAUGAAAGCUUCAUUGCAGAAAAGCCUCAAUUCGGCAAACCCAUCAAGAACGCUGAAGCAGCCGAAGGGCAACCUAUACAUUUGGAAGCCACUUUGACACCGGUCAAUGAUCCCACGAUGCGUGUUGAAUGGUACUGUAAUGGUCGGCCAAUUCAACAGGGUCAUAGAUUUAAGACCACAUAUGAUUUCGGAUAUGUGGCUUUAGAUGUGUUGUAUGCCUAUGGUGAGGAUUCUGGCACAUACAUGUGCAAAGCUACUAAUGCAGUUGGUGAGGCUGUUACUACCAGUUCUGUUAAAGUAGAUGCUAAAGCUGGCCUUUACCUGGACACUAUGGAUGAACAACGUCUUAGAAAGAUUCAAGAGCUGGAGAAGUAUGAAAGACCAAAGCCUGUUGAGGAAGUAACACCGGGACAAAGACCUGUAUUCCUUACGCCUUUGGUAAAUCUCGAGAACCUAAAGGAAGGUGAUCACGCUCACUUUGAAUCUAGAGUGGAACCAAUCAAUGACCCAGAUCUCAAGAUUGAAUGGUUCCUCAAUGGACAAAGAAUUAAGACGGGACACAGAUUCAGAACCACACACGACUUUGGUUACGUUGCUUUAGACAUUUUGUAUACAUAUGCAGAAGAUUCCGGCACUUAUAUGUGUAAGGCUACAAACAAACUUGGAGAAGCAGUCAAUACGUGCACGUUGAAGGUUGCAGGGCACAGAAAUAUUAUUUUGGACACACAGCAUCCUAAUGGACUAGAGAAAAUCAGGCAACUUGAAGCUCAAGGACAUCAAUCUAGAAUGGAAGUCGAAGAACCUAAGGUAUACCCACCUAGAUUCGUAACAGAGCUGCGUGGAACAACACAUGUGUAUGAAGGACAAACCGCACACUUCGAGUGUCAAGUUGAACCUGUACACGAUCCAAAUCUUCGCAUAGAAUUCUACCACAAUGGUAAAGCCCUGCAAUCUGCGUCACGAUUCCAUAUCACUUUUGAUUUUGGUUAUGUGUCAUUGGAUAUUCAACACUGUGUACCAGAAGACGCCGGCGAAUAUUCAGUAAAGGCUAUAAAUGCCCUUGGACAGUGCACUUCUUCAAUAUCCAUGACUGUAACCGCAAAAGGAAGUAUUAUUUCGGAAUCUCAACGUCCAGAAGGAUUGGAAAAGAUCCGAGAAUUGGAAUCAGCGGAACCAUUCAAGCGACCGGAAAUUCCGGAGCCGGUUACCAGGCAAAGACCAGUUUUCACUCAACCACUUCAAAAUAUUGACAAUAUUCAGGAAGGCCAAACAGCCCACUUAGAUUGUAGAUUGAUUCCUGUUGGAGAUCCUACUUUGAAAGUUGAGUGGUUCAGGAAUGAAAAACUUAUUGAGGACAGCUCGCGGAUUACAAAAACAAACGACUUUGGAUACGUGUCUAUGACUAUUAAUCACGUACGCGACGAAGACGAAGGCGUUUACAUGUGUAGAGCAUCGAACUUGCUAGGAGAAGCAGUCACUACAGCUGCAAUGAAAAUCAAAACUAAAGCAGCUAUCCAACUUGACACACAACAUCCAGAAGGCAUGAAGAAGAUUCAAAAGUUAGAACAACCACAACCUAGAAAGGGUGAAGAACCAGAACGUGAAUUUGAAAAACCAAUAUUUACUCAAGUAUUAACCGGUCCUUCUGAACUUUGGGAAGGACAACACGCCCACUAUGAAGCAAGAGUUGUACCUGUUGGUGAUCCAAGUUUACGAUUUGAAUGGUAUAUUAAUGGAGUGGAACUAAAAAUGGGAUCAAGGUUCCGUACCACGCAUGACUUCGGUUUUGUCACAUUGGAUAUUAACUCUGUGGUAUCAGAUGAUGCAGGUCUUUACAUGUGCAAGGCUAUUAACAAAGCUGGAAGUACAGUUUCUUCAACUUCUCUAAAAGUAAAGACAAAAUCUACGAUAGAGAAUCAAGCAAUGCGACCUGAGUCUUGGGAAAAAAUACAGCUCAAGGAAGCAUCAAUGAACCAAGUACCCGAAAGAUUCGUGGAUUUGGGAGUACAGCAAGCGCCUAUCUUUACCACACAUUUGCAGAGCUACGACAAACUCGUUGAAGGACAACAUCUGUACCUAGAAGCUCAAGUAGAGCCUCGCACUGACCCUAAUUUGAGAAUUGAGUGGUUCAAGAAUGGUGUGUCAUUGACCACAGGUUCAAGAAUCAAGAGUACCUUUGACUUUGGAUUGGUUACAAUGUCUAUAAACAGUUUGAGACACGAUGAUUCUGGUAUUUAUACAUGUAAAGCAGUCAAUUUGAUGGGAGAAGCUGUUUCUACAGCUUCCAUAAAGAUAGAAGACCGUCAUUGGUUAAUGGGCGAUACUUUACAUCCAGAGUCCUUAGAGAGAAUUGGUGCUUUAGAACAACCUAAGCCUGGUAAACCGGACUCUCCUGAGCCAGUAUACGAGACACCAGUAUUUAUAUCUCAUUUGAACAAUAUCUUAUGCAAAGAAGGAGAUAACAUUCACUUUGAAUGCAAUGUAGAACCUUCUCGCGAUCCUACACUUAAAAUCGAAUGGUUCUUUAACAAUAAAGCAUUACCAUCUGGUACCAGAUACAAGAGCAUACAUGACUUCAGCUAUGUGUCUCUAGAUAUAUUGCAUACAUAUGAAGAAGACUCCGGAAUUUACACAUGCAAGGCCACAAACAGCAAGGGUUCUGCAACGACAUCAGGCACAUUGAGAUGCACUGGAGACAAACACAUUUACCUUGACACUCAACAUCCUCAAGGUAAGGCUGGUUUGGAAGCUGUAGAGCAGGCAGAGGCAGAUAGAUUGGCUAAGUCAAGAAGACCAUCAGUUCCAGACACUGAAUAUGCUAAACCGGAAUGGAUCGUGCCAGUUGCAGCUGAAUGUCAGUUAAUUGAAGGACAACCUCUGCAUCUUGAAGGCCAAGUGGAACCAAAGGAGGAUCCUGACCUAAAAAUAGAGUGGUACUUUAAUGGAAAAGUCUUAGAACAUGGUUCAAGGUUCAAACUUGCAAGCGAUUUUGGAUUUGUAACCUUAGACGUUACAGAUGUUUAUGAAAGAGAUAGCGGUAUUUACACUUGUAAAGCAUACAAUAAGAGAGGUGAAGCUUUCACUUCCUCCACUAUAUACUGCAGCAGCAAAGAGAACCUUAUUGAACGCACUCAACAUCCGAAAGGCAAGGAAGGUUUGGAGAAGAUUCAAAAUCUUGAGGACUCUCUUCGUAAAGAGCCUUCUAUGAAGCCUGACGACGACACCGGUAGAGCACCUGAAUUCACUACAGUAUUCCAAGAUAUCUUUGAUAUAAGUGAAGGCCAAAUUGCUCAUUAUGAAGCUUCCCUCAUACCAACAGGUGACCAAACCAUGGUUAUAGAAUGGUUCUACAAUGGCAAGACUAUAGAAGCCAGUCACCGCAUUCGUACAGUUUAUGCGUUUGGCAUGGUUGUUCUUGAAAUUCUUGGCACAAAAACUUCUGAUUCUGGUAUUUACUCAUGCCGUGCUACCAAUAGGUGGGGAUCAGCUGAAAUCAGUUGUAAACUUGAGUGUGUAGAUAAGAGCAAAGGUCAAAAGCCUAGAUUUACAACACACAUUCAAAAUAUUGAAGGUCUUAAGGACGGACAAUCUGCUCACUUUGAGUGCACUGUUGUACCAGUGGAUGAUCCAGACAUGAAGAUUGAAUGGUACCACAACGGAAAGCAGCUACGCCAUUCCAACAGAAUCAAAACUAUUUCAGAUUUCGGUUUUGUAGUUAUGGACAUAGCUUACACUCAAAAUCACGAUUCCGGUGAAUACGUUUGUCGAGCGUAUAAUAAAUAUGGCGAAGAUUUCACUAAAGCAACAAUUAAUUGCUACGGCAAGGGGGGAGUUUACUCUGACAGUUUACAACCAGACUCUUUGGCUAAAAUCAGAGAGUUAGAAAGUCUACAAGGCAUACAACACCAGGCGCCGGCUCCUGCUUCCGCAGUUCCACCUAAAUUUACUACUCAAAUAGAAGAUGUAACCAAAUUGGUAGAAGGCCAAAGUGCACACUUUGAAGCUCGACUGAUACCAGUAGAUGACCCAGACCUUAAAGUUGAAUGGUUCUACAACGGUAAGAAAUUACCUCACGGUCAUAGGUACAGAACAUUCCACGACUUCGGUAUUGUUAUAUUAGACAUACUUUACUGCUAUGAAGAAAACUCAGGUGAAUACGAAUGCGUGGCGACAAAUAAAUUGGGCCGUGACUCAACAAAAGCUACACUGAAAUGCACAUCGAAGGAAAAUUUGAUCCUGGACUCGCAACUACCGCGGGGCAUGGAAGGUGGAUUGGAAAAAUUACAAACACUCGAAGAUUCUAUGGUACGAAGGAAGGACGUUGACGUUACGGAGACCCGCGGAAAAGCACCUGUCUUCACAGUGCCUUUGUCGAAUAUUGACAAUCUUAGAGAAGGUGAAAAUGCUCACUUCGAAGCUCGUCUAACACCAACUGACGACCCCAACCUUAAAGUUGAAUGGUAUUGGAAUGGCAAGUCGUUGAAGGCUGGUUCGAGAUUCAGAACCUUCUGCGACUUCGGCUUUGUAAUCCUCGAAAUAUCUCCAACGUAUCCAGAAGAUUCGGGUGAAUACAUGUGUAGAGCGUAUAACAACUAUGGUGAGGCGGUCACCACGGCUACAAUGAAAGUCCAAGGCAAGAGGAACAUAAUAUUAGAAUCUCAACUUCCUAAGGGUAUGGAAGGUACUAUAGAGAAAAUAGCAGCAUUGGAAGGUUACAGUGGAGCAUCAGAUAAUCUAAGCCCAGAGGUCGAGAGUGGUAACCCACCUGAAUUUGUUACAACACCAUCUGACCUUAUUUUGAAUGAGAAUUCAUCAGCUCACUUUGAGUGCCGGUUAAUCCCCGUGAAUGACUCCAGUAUGAGAGUAGAAUGGUUCCAUAACGGUAAAGCCCUGCUCACUGGAUCAAGGGUGAAGACUAUUAACGAUUUUGGCUUUGUCAUAUUAGAGAUCGGAGGCGUUUACCAGCGUGACGCGGGCUUGUACACUUGCAAGGCAACUAAUCGCCAUGGUGAAGCAACCGUUUCAUGCAAGCUUCAAGUUAAAGGUAGACAAGGUAUUAUUUUAGAACCUCAGUUGCCAAGCCAAUUCAAAUCAGGUACAGAGAGUAUCCAGAAAUUAGAAGAAACCUUGCAUAAACGAGAGGAAAUCCCAAUUGAAGACGAGAAGCCAAAUCCACCUCGUUUCACUGUGGAGAUCAAGGACAAUCUCGAUGUUGCGGAAGGUGGUCCCAUUCACUUCGACUGUCGCGUUGAACCAGUAGGUGAUCCUACGAUGAGAAUCGAUUGGUUCCACAAUGGCAGACCAUUCGCCACUGGUUCUCGCGUUCACAUGCUCAAUGAUUUCGGAUUCAUUGCUUUGGAUAUCGACUACAUCUAUGCAAGAGACGCUGGAGAAUAUACCUGUCGUGCAACAAACAAAUGGGGAUCAGCAACAACUACUGCCAAGAUUACCUGCAGCACCAAGCGCGAUAUAAUCUUCGAGUCACAAUUGCCUCAGGGCAUGAGUGGCGAAAAGAUCAAGGAACUAGAGAAGGGCCGCGUCAGUGACGGACCUAGGGAGGAACCCGUCAUAAACAGCCCACCGAAAUUCGUAACACAGAUUCAGUCACACACUAUUGAGGAAUCGGAGUCGAUUCGUUUCGAGUGUCGCGUGGAACCGAAAGAAGAUCCGAAGUUACGUAUAGAAUGGUACAGGAACGGCAAACUGCUACCAUCCGGUCAUCGUUUCCGCACAGUGUAUGACAUGGGUUUCGUUUCUUUGGAUAUUUUAUAUGUAUACUCCGAAGAUUCCGGUGAAUACGUCUGUCGUGCUGUAAACGACUUCGGCGAAGACUUUACUAAAGCCACGGUGUCAUGUAAAAAAUUGCCGGACAUCAUUCUACAAAAUCAAGUUCCACGAGGCAUGAAGAAGACAGAGGCAUUGACACAAAUGGAAGCUACUAUCAAGAAGUAUACAUCUGAAAUAUUCCUAACUGAAGAUGAUUUAUAUGACGCCGACAAGAAGCAGCCUCCGCGAUUCGUGACACAAAUUCAAAGUCAAACAACCUUAGUGGAGAUGGAAACCACGAAGUUUGAAUGUCAACUAGCGCCUGUUGGUGAUCCUAAUAUGAAAGUAGAAUGGUUCUUUAACGGCAAACCUUUGUUGCACAAGAACCGGUUCACUCCAAUUUAUGACUUCGGAUACGUCGCGAUGAACUUCGGCUGGGUGUAUCCAGAGGAUAGUGGUGAAUACUUAUGCCGUGCCACGAACCUUUAUGGCAUGGAUGAGACCAGAGCCGUAAUUAAAACUGCGGGAAAACCUGGCAUUGUAUACGACUCACAAUUGCCUAAACACAUGAAGAGUAUCGAGAAAAUUAGAGAAAUGGAAGCAGCAUGGCAGGCGGUUCCAGAACAAGUAGGCGAUGAGGUGAAGGAAAGAUCGGCACCCGUAUUCGUCAGCAAACCGGAACCGGUCACGGUCGAAGAAGGCGAAUGGGCCAGGUUCUGCUGUCGGGUUACAGGUCAUCCUAAACCUCGCGUUAUGUGGCUCAUCAAUGGAAACACGAUUGUUAAUGGCUCUAGAUAUAAACUGAUAUACGACGGAAUGUACCACUUUGAUAUUCCCAAGACAAGGCAGUACGAUACUGGUAAAAUCGAAGUGAUCGCCAGGAGCUCUGUAGGGGAAGCACUAGCUACGACCGAACUGAAAGUAAUACCGAGACACGACGACUACAGGAGUGUACUCAAGAAUGCGCCAAGACCUUGGUACGACGAAACAACACAAUACCAGAGAUCUGACACUGAGCUGGAAAAAACAUUUGAAGAGAGGCAAACGAUGCAACGGAAGGGAGUCAUCGAUCACCGACCGGAACUAAAGCAAAAGAUCGUUAAAGAACCGGAAACAGAAUGGCAACAAACUGUCAAGAAGAAGAAGAGCGAAGAGUACUAUAAUAAACUACAGGAGUUGGAAAACGAACAAAUUGUCAAAGAAAGCAGGAUGCGAGAAUCGAUACACCAAUACGCGGUCCCAGGUGAAAAGGUCACCAGCGCUUCCGUUGCAAAGAGUAUGGCCCAGAAAUACGAAGAUAAUCUAGAACAAACAGAGGAGGUUGUUGAAAAGGAAACACAUAAAAGGGUUCAGAAGCCAAGAAUCCCCGAUCCUUUAGAGUCUACCGUUCACGGCAAGGAAGUUCAUGUCGCAAAACAGAAGCAAGUACAGAAAGAAGUCGUAGGCGAUACAGAAAUAACAAGGAAAAUCACAUCAACAGAGACUACUGAAGUUGAACAUAAGGCACAAACCCAGGAGAGGGUCGUCGAAGGGCCUGUCAAACCAUCCACACCCCCUGUAUUCACAAAGAAAAUGCAACCAUGCAGAGCAUUGGAGCACGAACAAGCUAGAUUCGAAGUCGAAUUCGAUGGAGAUCCACUACCUACCAUAAAAUGGUACCGUGAAAACUUCCCAAUCAAGAAUUCGGCUGACUUCCAAAUUCAUACGUUCAGCACUAAGUCAAUUCUCAUCAUAAGGCAAGUGUUUAUAGAAGAUUCUGCUGUGUUCGCCGCUGUUGCUGAAAACAGGGCUGGUACCGCUAAAUGUAGUGCCAACUUGGUAGUAGAAGAACGUAGACGCCAAGGCAGGGGCGGAGUCAUCCCACCGAGUUUCACGUUAACCGCUCAAAACGUUAAUGUAACAGCCGGUCAACUUGUAAGACUUGACACCAAGGUUACUGGUACGAAGCCAAUUGACGUUUACUGGCUGAAAAACGGCAAAAAGGUGCAACCGGACAUUAGAAACAAAAUACUAGAAGAAGAUGGUACAUUCACACUUCUGAUUCUUGAAGCGUACCCUCAAGAUUCUGGUAAAUAUGAAUGCGUGGCUAUCAACAGCGCGGGUGAGGCAAGAUGCGACGCUGAGUGUGUCGUCAGCCCACCAGCAACAAAGGAGAAACCCAAACCGCAAACUAAAGCAGCGAACGCACCACCAGAAAUAAUCGAACCACUCAAGGACCGCGUUGUAACCGAGGGUCAGGCUAUCGAGUUCAGUUGCAAGAUCGUUGGAAAGCCAACGCCAACAGUACAAUGGUAUAGAGGAGACCGGUUGAUUAAGCCGUCGAAGUACUUCCAAAUGUCACGUGCAGCUGACGAUUACACACUUCGCAUUUCGGAAGCUUUCCCCGAAGACGAGGGCGAUUACAAGUGCGUGGCUUACAACUCAGCUGGUAGAGUGACGGUUGCUGCGAAGCUUAAAGUAACCCAGCCCGAUCAGGCUGACAACUUGCCGACGUUGACACCUUUACGUGACGUUGUUGUUUAUGAAGGACAACCUGCGCAGUUCAAGACUCAGAUAUCUGGCAAAGUUAAACCAACCAUUCAAUGGCUGCGAGAGGGCGCUCUUAUUCCUGAAACGCCUGACUUCCAAAUGAUACACGAAGGCAACAAUGCGGUGCUGUUGAUUGGCAACACUUACGAAGAGGACACCGGUAUAUUCACUUGUCGCGCCACGACCGUCGCCGGCCAAGUGGAGACCUCCGCUAAACUAGUCGUCAAAAAAACAAGGAUACAGAAGACAAAAACAAAACACGAAGAUAAAAUAGAGACUGAAAGUUCUGUUACAAAUGAUACUGGUGUGUCCCUUAAUCGUCAUGUACAGACGUCAACAGAAGAGAGUACUAUCUUAAAAUUAAAUAACGUUGAAGAUGUCAAGUCAAGGCAAGUUGCGAAUGUUCCUUGGCGAACUACUAGCAAAGAAAGGACUUUGGUGUCAAAUGAAGAUAAAUUAGAAGUGAAGCACUGGAGAAAACCACGCAAAGAUACAAAUGUAUCUACAGAUGUAAUCACUUCAUCUGACGACUCAUCCAUUCUUAAAAUUGAUCAUGAUGAGAUUACUGAAGAACAUCAAGACACAGAAAAUAGUGAAAUCAGACAUUGGCGUACACAGAAAAAGAAGAAAAUAAUGAAUGAAAGUACCGCAAAGGAAGAAAUUAUUGAUGAAACUACAUUAGACGAUUCAUCUUUAUUAAAGAAAACGGAAAAACGAAACCAAAAAAUUAAAAUAGCACCAAUGCUUCAAAAAGAAGAACCUGUACCCUGGACUAAACAAGCUAUUAAAUUAAAACAAACUAAAAUUGAAAAGAUUCCUAUUCCAAAAGAAAAACUGGAAGAAAUAAAUUUAAAAUCGACCCAAAAUCUUUCUAAAGAUAAUGUCAAAACAUUGGUAAUCGAGCAAAGCAUAACAUCUGAAGAAGACACAGUCAUUUUAACUAUUAAAGAUGAAGAGAUUGUUGAAAAAGAAAAGGAAGAUGAAAAACCCAAAGAAGAACAACCACGCGAGAAAAUUGUAGAAAAACCGGUUCAAAAACGACGACAACCAGAGAUAAAGGAAUCGGAUCAGAUGAAAUUUAAACCAGUUAAGGAGGAUAUAGCAUUUGAUGAAGAUAAACCCGAAAAACUUAAACCAGUCAAAAAAGAAAAGCCUGUUGAAGAAGAUAAACCGGAAGAGGUAACCUGGCGUACUGGUAAGAGAAAGCCCAAGGACGAAAAGCCCGUGGAGGAAGUAGUGCUCAAACCGUUUCCAAAGCAGAAGGAACCAGAAGAAGACAAACCCGAAGAAGUGCAGCUGAAGCCAGUUAAAAAAGAGAAACCCGUUGAAGAAGAUAAAACGGAAGAGGUAACCUGGCGUACUGGUAAGAGAAAGCCCAAGGACAAAAAGCCCGUGGAGGAAGUAGUGCUCAAACCGAUUCCAAAGCAGAAGGAACCAGAAGAAGACAAGCCCGAAGAAGUGCAGCUCAAGCCAGUUAAAAAAGAGAAGCCUGUUGAAGAAGAUAAACCGGAAGAGGUAACCUGGCGUACUGGUAAGAGAAAGCCCAAGGAAGAAAAGCCCGUGGAGGAAGUAGUUCUUAAACCGAUUCCUAAGCAGAAGGAACCAGAAGAAGACAAGCCCGAAGAAGUGCAGCUCAAGCCAGUUAAAAAAGAGAAGCCUGUUGAAGAAGACAAACCGGAAGAGGUAACCUGGCGUACUGGUAAGAGAAAGCCCAAGGAAGAAAAGCCCGUGGAGGAAGUAGUUCUUAAACCGAUUCCUAAGCAGACGCAACCAGAAGAAGACAAACCCGAAGAAGUGCAGCUCAAGCCAGUUAAAAAGGAGAAGCCUGUUGAAGAAGAUAAACCGGAAGAGGUAACCUGGCGUACUGGUAAGAGAAAGCCCAAGGAAGAAAAGCCCGUGGAGGAAGUAGUUCUUAAACCGAUUCCUAAGCAGAAGCAACCAGAAGAAGACAAACCCGAAGAAGUGCAGCUCAAGCCAGUUAAAAAAGAGAAGCCUGUUGAAGAAGAUAAACCGGAAGAGGUAACCUGGCGUACUGGUAAGAGAAAGCCCAAGGAAGAAAAGCCUGUGGAGGAAGUAGUUCUUAAACCGAUUCCUAAGCAGAAGCAACCAGAAGAAGACAAACCCGAAGAAGUGCAGCUCAAGCCAGUUAAAAAAGAGAAGCCUGUUGAAGAAGAUAAACCGGAAGAGGUAACCUGGCGUACUGGUAAGAGAAAGCCCAAGGAAGAAAAGCCCGUGGAGGAAGUAGUUCUUAAACCAAUUCCUAAGCAGAAGCAACCAGAAGAAGACAAACCCGAAGAAGUGCAGCUGAAGCCAGUUAAAAAAGAGAAACCCGUUGAAGAAGAUAAACCGGAAGAGGUAACCUGGCGUACUGGUAAGAGAAAGCCCAAGGAAGAAAAGCCCGUGGAGGAAGUCGUUCUUAAACCGAUUCCUAAGCAGAAGGAACCAGAAGAAGACAAGCCCGAAGAAGUGCAGCUCAAGCCAGUUAAAAAAGAGAAGCCUGUUGAAGAAGACAAACCGGAAGAGGUAACCUGGCGUACUGGUAAGAGAAAGCCCAAGGAAGAAAAGCCCGUGGAGGAAGUAGUUCUCAAACCGAUUCCUAAGCAGAAGCAACCAGAAGAAGACAAACCCGAAGAAGUGCAGCUGAAGCCAGUCAAAAAAGAGAAACCCGUUGAAGAAGGCAAACCGGAAGAGGUAACCUGGCGUACUGGUAAGAGAAAGCCCAAGGAAGAAAAGCCUGUGGAGGAAGUAGUGCUCAAACCGAUUUCAAAGCAGAAGGAACCAGAAGAAGACAAGCCCGAAGAAGUGCAGCUCAAGCCAGUCAAAAAAGAGAAACCCAAGCAACCAGAAGAAGACAAACCCGAAGAAGUGCAGCUCAAGCCAGUUAAAAAAGAGAAGCCUGUUGAAGAAGAUAAACCGGAAGAGGUAACCUGGCGUACUGGUAAGAGAAAGCCCAAGGAAGAAAAGCCCGUGGAGGAAGUAGUGCUCAAACCAAUUCCAAAGCAGAAGGAACCAGAAGAAGACAAGCCCGAAGAAGUGCAGCUCAAGCCAGUUAAAAAAGAGAAGCCUGUUGAAGAAGACAAACCGGAAGAGGUAACCUGGCGUACUGAAGGAACCAGAAGAAGACAAGCCCGAAGAAGUGCAGCUGAAGCCAGUCAAAAAAAGAGAAACCCCUUGAAGAAGACAAACCGAAGAGGUAAAACCUGGCGUACUGGUAAGAGAAAGCCCAGGGAAGAAAAGCCUGUGGAGGAAGUAGUGCUUAAACCGAUUCCAAAGCAGAAGGAACCCGAAGAAGACAAGCCCGAAGAAGUGCAGCUCAAGCCAGUCAAAAAAGAGAAACCCGUUGAAGAAGAUAAACCGGAAGAGGUAAAACGUGGCCAACUGAAGCAACCAGAAGAAGAUAAACCCGAAGAAGUGCAGCUCAAGCCAGUUAAAAAGGAGAAGCCUGUUGAAGAAGAUAAACCGGAAGAGGUAACCUGGCGUACUGGUAAGAGAAAGCCCAAGGAAGAAAAGCCCGUGGAGGAAGUAGUUCUUAAACCGAUUCCUAAGCAGAAGGAACCAGAAGAAGACAAACCCGAAGAAGUGCAGCUCAAGCCAGUUAAAAAAGAGAAGCCUGUUGAAGAAGAUAAACCGGAAGAGGUAACCUGGCGUACUGGUAAGAGAAAGCCCAAGGAAGAAAAGCCCGUGGAGGAAGUAGUUCUCAAACCGAUUCCUAAGCAGAAGGAACCAGAAGAAUACAAGCCCGAAGAAGUGCAGCUGAAGCCAGUUAAAAAAGAGAAACCCGUUGAAGAAGACAAACCGGAAGAGUUCUUAAACCGAUUCCUAAGCAGAAGCAACCAGAAGAAGACAAACCCGAAGAAGUGCAGCUCAAGCCAGUUAAAAAAGGAGAAGCCCGUUGAAGAAGACAAACCGGAAGAGGUAACCUGGCGUACUGGUAAGAGAAAGCCCAGGGAAGAAAAGCCUGUGGAGGAAGUAGUGCUUAAACCGAUUCCAAAGCAGAAGGAACCCGAAGAAGACAAGCCCGAAGAAGUGCAGCUCAAGCCAGUCAAAAAAGAGAAACCCGUUGAAGAAGAUAAACCAGAGGAAAAAUCGUGGCCAACUGGUAAGAGAAAGCCCAAGGAAGAAAAGCCUGUGGAGGAAGUAGUUCUUAAACCGAUUCCUAAGCAGAAGCAACCAGAAGAAGACAAACCCGAAGAAGUGCAGCUCAAGCCAGUUAAAAAAGAGAAGCCUGUUGAAGAAGAUAAACCGGAAGAGGUAACCUGGCGUACUGGUAAGAGAAAGCCCAAGGAAGAAAAGCCCGUGGAGGAAGUAGUGCUCAAACCAAUUCCAAAGCAGAAGGAACCAGAAGAAGACAAACCCGAAAAAGUGGAGCUCAAGCCACCCAAGGAAGAAAAGCCCGUGGAGGAAGUAGUGCUCAAACGAAUUCCAAAGCAGAAGAAACCAGAAGAAGACAAACCCGAAGAAGUGGAGCUCAAGCCAGUUAAAAAAGAGAAGCCUGUUGAAGAAGAUAAACCGGAAGAGGUAACCUGGCGUACGGGUAAAAGAAAGCCCAAGGAAGAAAAGCCUUUGGAGGAAGUUGUUCUUAAACCGAUUCAAAGGCAGAAGCAACCGGAAGAAGACAAACCUGAUCAAGAGCAACCUGAUGAACUAUCACAAGCUCUAGAUAAGAAAGAGUGUGGGCCCAUAAUAAUUCAACCAAUACAAGCAGCAAUAGUUAACGAAAAAGAUAGUUUUGAACUCUUUGUAACUUUUAAACCAGAUUAUGUUCGUAAGAUUUCGUGGUAUAUUAACAAUAAGCCAAUUGAGAAUUGUGAAGAUUUUCAAACAUAUACGGAACCUGGUAUAUCAACUUUGAAAGUACACAGAGCGGAUAAAAAGAAAAUGGGAAAAUACGAAACAAUUUUAGAAAAUCACGGUAUCAUUGUUAAAUCAGCGUCCUCCAUUAAGUUAAAAAAGUCGAAAGAUGAAGAAGAAGUUAAACCUCCUGUGUUUAUUAGACCAUUGCAACCCCAAUUUGUUCACAACGGAGACAUAGUUCUUCUUGAAACCGAAGUAAAAUCUAAUCCUUGUGCAUCAUUCCAAUGGUUUUUCGGUAAUAAAGAAGUGGUAUCCUAUGUAAAAGAGAAUAAAAUUAAAGAUAUUUAUGUCACAAGCAGGGAUAACAUAUCAUGCCUUUGUCUUGAAAAUGUUAACAAAGAUGUAGAUGGCAUUAUUACAUGUAGAGCAGAGAACUUUGCUGGAUCUGUGUCGUGUUCAGCUACUCUAAGAGUAUUACAUGAUGAUGAAAAGUCAAUAGGAAUACCACCCGAUUUUAUAAGUGAUUUGAAGCCGACUACUGUUAUGGAUGGUGACCCAAUUCUACUGAAAUGUAUCGUGAAUGGCAAACCUUGGCCUAAAAUUGAAUGGUAUCACAAUGAUAAACUAAUAGAGGUCGCCAGAGACAUUACUAUUGGGAGACAAGAAUCUGGGCUGUGUGAAAUAUGUAUAAAGGAAGCUUUCCCAGAAAUGAGUGGAAUUUACCGAUGUGUAGCAACAAACGAGUUCGGACAAUGUUUUAGUGAAAGCGUAGUUGACGUGGAAGCGUAUGAAUAUGUACCGAGUGCGUCCGAAGAAGAUAUACUAAGUGAUGAGAAAACCAGUGAUCUCGAAGAGUUCGCUCCAAAAAUUGUGAAAGCCCUACCUACUGUGGUAAAAGCGAAUGAAGGGGAACUGACAAGACUUGAGGCUAAAGCCAUCGGAGUGCCUAAGCCACAAAUAAAAUGGCUGAAACAAGGCGUAGAAAUAAAACAGUCUCAAGAAUAUCAAAUAGAAGAAAUGAGUGAUGGUACCUCUAUUUUAAUUAUCCCCGAAGUGUAUCAAGAUGACACAGGUGAAAUCACAUUUGAGGCACAAAAUCCUUUAGGUGUAACAGCGACCAUAGCAGCACUAUCCGUUGAGAGUCUUGUUGGAACAAAAGAAUAUCGAAAACCAGAAUGGGUCACUCAUAUGGAAGAACUACAGGAAACGUUGAAAGCUACACAUUCAGUUCCAUCCUUCGUUCAAAAUAUCGUAUCAGAGCGUCUUCAAGAAGGAGAAAGCGUUACUUUUGAAGCUGUUUUCAGUGGAAAUCCCAAACCAGAAAUAGUCUGGUAUAAGGACGAUAAAGUUUUAAGAACUGACAACAACUUCCAAAUUGUGACGAAAGAAAACAAAACUGUGUGUAAAAUUAAAAAAGCAGCAAAGAAUCUAGAAGGUACAUACAUGUGUAAAGCUGUUAGUGAAAUUGGAAUGGCUAUUACAAAAGCUGAACUACGAGUAUUUGAAGCAGAAGAAAAAGUUGAGACAGUUAAAAAGACGCGGGUGAGAACGAUUAAACAGGACUUUAAAGAAGAAGUAAAGGCCGUGACAUCGAUAGAAGAUACCUCAUCAUCAGUACUUAAAACUGAACCUGAAAAUUUGGCAAUAACGGAACCACUUCAGGAUGUACCUACAGAAGAGAAGGCUACAAUCUCGAUUGACGAAUUACACUCAAUUCAAACCGUGGACGUAGCUGUAUUAAAAAAAUCGGAUAAGAAAGUAAAAACAACGGGUUUAGAAAAAGUUGAAACAAUCAUCAGUCCUAAUCAAUAUUUAGUUACAUCCCAACAAGAUAUGCACGAAACGGUAGAAAGUUUUGAAAAGAGCGCGAAUGACUUGCAAAAAGUUAUUUCUCGAAAAGUGUCUGAUACUCGUUUAGUCGCUGAAGUUAAUGAGCUGUUGGAAGUUAUCAAUGCCAAAGAAUUCGGUCCUGGUCAGUCACCGCUGCGUGAGCUCGCCACGAUUGGGUAUUUGUUGAGGAAUGGCAUAACUGUUCAGGAAAUUGAAAGCCUGUAUGACUCUGAAUAUUUUCCAUCGCUAAGAAUACCACAAUCACAGUCAGCGUUAGUGCAGUUAGUUGAAAGACAAGGUCAUGGUGCUUUAAUAACAGAGGUUCUGACUGAAGAAACGGCUCAAACAGAAGAUAUUAUUGGAGCAAAGGUUGGGUUCAGAGCUUUCAUGAAAAUGGUAGAAAUGAAACAUACUUCUGUUGAAGAAGUUAUUGCUCAUUUAUAUCCCGAAGAUUUUACUCCACGAUCAUGGGAAGAGAAAUCAGCUCAUGAGGUAACAGUUGAUACUUCGGUAACAGAAACAGCAAAAAUGCUAUCUACAGAAGUACAUAAAGACUCCCGGUCGUCGAUACAUAAAGUCGUUAAAGAUGAAAUUGAACAAGCCAAACGCAAACACACAAAACAUCUAAAAAUAUCGGAAGAAUUUGAAGAAGUAAAACAAAUAACCACUAAAUCUAAGAAAGAGUUAUACCCCCGAGAAGUUACUGAAUAUGAAGAAGAAGAAAAUGUAAAAAAAGUUAGAUAG